CGAGUUUAGCAGCCGCGCGCGCGACUCAGUGAAAAGUGCAGCCGUGUGCCGGAGAGCCGCCGUACGACUCGUUACAGCCGGUUAUUUUCCGAGGGUUUGUACCGCUGGAAAACUUUUGUACUCACUCGCAUUCGAGCUCGAGUGCAACAUUCAGUUGUUUGAAAUGGAAAUAAAGUUUGUAGGAGUUCAGCGCUGGUGAAUUACAGGCGGCUGAGCGGCGCAACAUUGCUUCCCUGACAGCCUUUCAUUUGGGAUUAUUUUUACAGUUUUGAACCUUUUUUUUGGACUUCUGCUCCUUAUGGACGCCUGACAGGUGGUGGACCAUCAGGAAAGUCAGGAUGUAGGCUGGAGAGCAGGCUGGCUAUGGGAUGGUGUCUGCUCUAACUAACCCAGUAUGAGUGCUGGUCUGGGCUCCUGUGUGUGUCCCCGUGUGUGUCCCUGUGUGUGUCCCUGUGUGUGUCCCUGUGUGUGUCCUGGCUGGAGGAGUGUAUAGUUCCACCUCUGUAGGCUCUGAUGGAGCUGCAGGCGAUCUGUGGCCUGCUCUACUGCUUUCUGCUGCCCACUGCACUGCUGGCAGCUUGCCUGUUUCGCUACAACGCCCUUUCUUUAGUCUACCUUCUGUACCUGCUCCUGCUGCCAUGGUUCACCUGGCCCAACAAACACUCAGCACGAGGACACACGGGGCGAUUCAUCAUCGCCUUGUUCAGCACCAGCCUGCUGUUCCUGCUCGCCCAGGUCACCUUCCAGAUCUGCCUAUACACAGUGCCUGGCCUGGACGAUGCUCUGGGACACAACUGUAGCACAUGGGAGUCUCUGGCGAGGCACAUCGGGGUGUCCAGGAUAACGCUGGACGAUCCCUGGAACGCCGUGCGUCUCCUUUCGCCGGACCUGGGAGUGUUCAUCAUGUCUCUGAUCACCAUUGUGUUGUGUAGGCGUUUGCUGAAGAGGAGAGAGGACGGGUCAGCGCUGCUGCACAGCUUACAAGAAGAGACCCAAACAGACGAGGAAGAAGAGACAGAGGAGGAUGAAGAUGAUGAAGGUGAGGGGGAGGAGGAAGCAGACAGGAAGGAGGAAAAGACCAGAGGACCGGCUCAGCUGUGCGCUCAUCUCAGAGCUACAGCUCAGCGCUUUCUUCACAACAUGGGCAGAGUGCUGGCGGUCACGCUGCUGGGGCUGGCAGGUAUCACGUUGCCUUCGGCUUUUUCCUCCGUCUACUUCCUGCUCUUUAUCUUUUUGUGCACCUGGUGGGCUUGCCACCUUCCCAUCAGCCACCUUGGCUUCAACGCGCUGUGUGUGAUGGUGGGACUGUUCACAGCGGGGCACUUGGUGUGUUUGUACUUGUACCAGAGUACGGUGGCACAGAGCUUCCUCAUCCCAGGCAGUCUGUGGGCCAGGCUUUUUGGCCUAAAGGAUAUCGUUAGCCCUUUUAAUUGCUCCUCCCACACCGAUGACCUCGUAUUCAACACAAAGCAUGAUUGGCCCGUGUUCGUCAAUCCAGGCAUCCUGUUUCUUCUCUACGUCUCUGUAGUAACCGUCCUGAAGAUCAGCACUCAUGGUCACCAAGAAAAGAAGGAGGGCGUGGGAGAGGAGGUGGAGCUAAUGGCAUGGCGGGCGGGCGAAAAAACCCCUGAAGAUGACACUAAGCGAAUGCUGCUGGGUGAAGGUGAAAGUCCUAGACAGGAAACCGACCCCAACGAUGGCAAAGCCCACAGUACAAACGGUUCUCAUCAGCACGACCCAGGUUCCAGCACAGAGACAGCACAGCAGCAGCAACAGCAAGACAGUCCAGUACGAUUAGCAGGGAGGAUGAUCAUGCAGCAGAGUUACAUCUGUGCUCUCAUCGCCAUGAUGGUAUGGAGUAUCACCUACCACAGCUGGUUGACUUUUGUGCUGCUCCUAUGGGCAUGCCUGAUCUGGAUGCUGCGAGCACGCCGCCACUUCGCCAUGCUCUGCUCUCCCUUUAUCCUGCUGUAUGGCAUUGGGCUCUGCUGCCUGCAGUACGUCUGGGCCAUGGACCUGGAGCCUGAACUGCCAAAGCACUUGGGCUCCAUGAGCCUGAGACAAAUGGGACUUGACCGAGCGCCGUAUCCCUGUCUGCGCCUGGGAGCCAUGCUGCUGUUCACGCUGACGUUCUGGCUGCUUUUACGACACUCUGUAAAGGACAAGUUUGGGAGGAAGAAAAAGCAGAGCGUGCCACUCGAGGAGGUCACCACUGGAGAGGGCACCACCCAUGAUGACUCCAUUCUAAAGCUGCUGGGAGGAGUAGUGAUGGAUCUCUAUGCUAAGUACUGGAUCUAUGUGUGUGGAGGAAUGUUCAUCAUGGUCAGCUUCGCCGGCAAGCUGGUGGGCUACAAGAUCGUCUACAUGCUGCUGUUUCUGCUCUGCAUGUGCCUCUUCCAGGUGUACUACUCUUUAUGGAGGAGGCUACUAAAGCCAUUCUGGUGGUUGGUGGUGGCCUACACCAUGUUGGUGCUCAUUGCCAUCUAUACUUUUCAGUUUGAGGACUUCCCAGACUACUGGAAGAACUUCACCGGCUUCACAGAGGACCAGCUGGCAGAUAUCGGCCUCGAGACGUUCAAGUUAUCUGAGCUGUUUAGCAGUAUUCUGAUUCCCGGCUUCUUCUUGUUGGCCUGCAUCCUGCAGCUGCACUACUUCCACAAGUCAUUCAUGAAGAUCACAGACCUGGAGAAUGUCACGCCUCUGCACAGAAAGAAAUCUGCCCUAAAGACAGAGAGAGGAGGCUGUGAGGAGGAAGAUCGGACUACAGAAAUGGGAGAUGAUGAGUCAGAAGAUGGAGUGAUGGUGCCCAGUAAGUGGGGACUGGUGAUGGACAGACUCAUGGUGCUCUUUAGGAAGUUCCUAGACAUCCUCACAGACGUUCAGGUUUUUCUCUGGCGUGUCCUGGAGUUCCACAUCCACAAAAUCGUUGCUCUGUUCGUCGUCUGGGUGGCACUCUCCGAGCCAUCUGUGAUGAACUUGGUGUUGGUGGUACUGUGGUCAUUUGCGAUGCCCUUCGCACGUUUCAGGCCCAUGGCCUCGUGUGUGUCCACCGUCUGGGUUUGCGUGAUCAUCGUCUGCAAGAUGCUGUACCAGCUCAGCAUCGUCAAACCUGAGGAGUACUCUAACAACUGUACAGUGCCUUUGAUUAAUGAGACGAGUCUGAACCCUAAUGAGAUCCUGAACUCCACACUUUAUAGAGCGCCUGUAGAUCCGGCCAACUGGUUCGGAUUCAGGAAGGACGCCACUGCUUUAGGAUACAGUAAGAACCAUCUCAUGGUGCUGCUGUUGCUGGUGUUUGAGGCGACUGUGUACCGGCACCAGAUCCAUCACUUUAAGCAGAUACAGCGCUCUCCUCCCUCCAUCCCUGCUAUCUUCCCACAAUCCACACGUGACAAACUGGACGAGGGUCUGUUACCCUGCAUCAGAUAUCUGCUCAACUUCAGCUUCUACAAGUUUGGCCUUGAGAUCUGCUUCCUGAUGACUGUGAAUGCGAUUGGCCAGCGCAUGAACUUCCUGGUCUUGAUCCACGGGUGCUGGUUGGUUGCCAUCAUGGUGCGUCGUCGGCGCGAGGCCAUCUCCCAGAUCUGGUCUAAAUACUGCAUCUUCCUGGUCAUCUUCAUGAUCUAUCAGUACAUCCUGUGUGUGGGAAUGCCUCCUGCUCUCUGUGUUGACUACCCAUGGAGAUGGAAAAACAAAAUCACCAUCAACUCACCUCUGAUUAAAUGGAUCUAUCUGCCUGAUUUCUACACCAUCCCCAACUCCAAGAACCUCAUCGCGGACUUCCUGCUGCUUAUGUGUGCCUCGAUGCAGUGGGCAGUGUUUGAGAAUGAGAAGAAAGAGGAAUGGAUGGUGAUGGGAGGAGAGAAUAAGGACAACGCAGACCCCAUGGAGGACAUGCUGUUUAACCCAGCUCCUAAUUUCAUCAACUGCAGGUCUUACUUGGACAUGGCGAAAGUCCUAGUGUUCCGCCACAUGUUCUGGGUCGUGUUGGCCGUCGUGUUCGUGACGGGCUCCACGCGGAUCAGCGUGUUCGGUCUGGGCUAUCUCCUGGCCUGCUUCUUCUUCCUGCUGUACGGUAGGCGUCUGAUGAUCAAACCGUCACGUACACGCCUGCUCAUGUGGGACUGCCUCAUCAUCUACAACGUGGGAGUCAUCAUCGCCAAGAAUUCUCUGUCCGUCCUGGCCUGUGUGUUUGUCGCUGAGAUGCAGGCACGUUUCUGCUGGGUAAUCCAGCUCUUCAGUCUUGUCUGUACUGUCAAAGGCUACUAUGACCCUACAUCUCUGAGCGACAAAGAGUGCAGUUUGCCUAUUGAGGAGGCAGGCAUCAUCUGGGACAGCAUCUGCUUCUUCUUCCUCUUACUUCAGAGGAGAGUCUUCAUCAGCUUCUACUUUCUGCACGUGACCGCGGAUCUGCAGGCAUCUGCGCAACAGGCAUCACGGGGUUUCGAGCUGUUCAAUGCCAGCAUUCUGAAGAACGUGCGUUUUUAUCAGCAGGCUGAGAAAAAAUCCAUCCAGCAGCUGAAGGGCUCGAUGAAGCGAAUCCGUGACAAGCAGCAGCGUUAUAAAGAUGGACGGAAGAUAUCUGAAAGAGAGCAGCAGCCAUCAGAGUCUCAGGAAGAGACGAAGGAGGGAAAGAAGAAAAAAGAGUGGCACCGUCCCUGGAUAGAUCAUGCAACUGUAUUGCAUUCUGGAGAUUACUACCUGUUUGAAUCAGACAGUGAAGAUGAGGACGUCUUAGAAGAGGAGCAGAAACAACAUAAACAGACUCCAUUUCAAAUGGCCUACCAGGCGUGGGUAACUAGCGCUAAACAGGUACUACGAGAGCGACAACAGAGACAGAAAGAACAGAGACUGGAGAAAAAGAGACAUCUGGCUGUCUCGCAGGCCUCAGGUGAUGUUGUGGAGGCAGAGCCUGUUUUUGAGGAGGAAGAGGAACAGGAGGAGGCAGGAGAACAAGAAGAGGAGUCAGGUUCUGGCAGCGAUACGGUGCAGCGGAUCCUGGACGUGCUGAAGUUCCUGUGGGUGCUGUGCUUGGCCAUGGUGGACAGCUUCACACUGUGGCUCAACCUGCUCACCAAGCAGUACGUCGACACAUCGACUGUCCUGUGUGAGGAACGCUACCUGCUCAUCCACCACAUCAGCCAGAGGCCUGCAAGCGAGCCCACAGAUGACCAGCUGUCUGAGGAAAGUGAAAGCAUCACCCUGGACACAUGUCUGGAUGAGACCGAUACUGACCUUCUCAACAUCAGUCGUACUGCCAGCGCUGAUGAUCUGGAUGACACUUUUGAGUCCGAGGAGCCUCGAGCCCACAGCAGGAUGACGCUGUGCUCUCAGCCCACUAUAGAUCUGGAGUCAGAAGCACAAUGCUUAGAACAACAAAGGAGAGCCAGAACAGCCAGUGAACUGCUCACAGACAGGCCCUAUGCUAUUGAGGAGCUGGUACAGAGUCAUCAGUUUUAUGCCUCCCAGAACCGGCUGCUUAAACUCCUCUUUGCACUGUGUAACGUCCUGGCUGCGCACUCGGAGCUGGUGUGCUACUUUAUAAUCGUGCUGAACAACGUGGUCACGGCCUCCGUCAUAUCGCUGGUGCUGCCCGUCCUCAUCUUCCUCUGGGCCAUGCUGUCAGUGCCACGGCCUUCUAAGAGGUUCUGGAUGACUGCCAUAGUUUACACCGAGGUCAUGGUGGUGGUCAAGUACCUGUUCCAGUUUGGCUUUUUCCCCUGGAACAGUGAAUAUGAGCUUAAAGUAAACGAGAACAAACCCUACUUUCCUCCACGGAUCCUCGGCCUAGAGAAAACCGACAACUACAUCCGUUAUGAUCUGCUACAGCUGCUGGCCCUUUUCUUCCACCGCUCUCUGCUCCAGCGCUACGGUCUGUGGGACCAGGAAGGACAUCUAGAACAAAAAAGCACAAAAGAGAAAAAGAAGAAGAAGCAAGCUGAAGAGGUGACGGAGGACAAAACCGCCAAGCCUGAUGCGGCCGAGCCACAAGUGGACAUUAAGGCAGAAAACCAGACCGAGCCUGAAGAUGCACAAAAUCCAGAGAUAACACCUGAACCCGAAGAGCCCAAGAAAAAAGGCGGAUUUUUGCGCUUCCGUAAGAAGAUGUCCUCAGACAAAGAUACCGCAGCAAAAGAAACCAAGAAGAAGAAGAAGGCCAAAGGCCAGCGCAAAAAGGAAGCCAGUAAAAAGCUCAAGGCUUUUGGAGAAAAACUUAAAGGCUUUUUCAUCUCUGUAGUGAGGAAUACUUACACGCCAACGCAGACAUUCAUCCACAACAUCCUGCAUACUGAGUACCGAGCUGCCACAGACGUCUACGCCCUGAUGUUCCUCACGGAUGUGGUGGACUUCAUUGUUGUCGUCUUUGGCUUCUGGGCUUUUGGAAAACAUUCCGCUGCCGCAGACAUCGCCACCUCACUCUCAGACGACCAGGUCCCGGAGGCCUUCCUCGUCAUGCUCCUCAUCCAGUUCAGCACCAUGGUGAUCGACCGCGCUCUCUACCUGAGAAAGGCUGUGCUUGGAAAACUCAUCUUCCAGGUCCUCCUAGUGCUGGGCAUCCACAUCUGGAUGUUCUUUAUCCUGCCUGCAGUCACCGAGAGGAUGUUCAACCAGAACUUUGUGGCCCAGCUCUGGUACUUUGUCAAGUGCAUCUACUUCACUCUGUCUGCGUAUCAGAUCCGCUGUGGCUACCCCACUCGCAUCCUUGGAAACUUCCUCACUAAGAAGUUCAACCACCUUAACCUCUUCCUCUUCCAAGGGUUUCGCCUGGUUCCGUUCCUGGUGGAGCUUCGGGCCGUAAUGGACUGGGUCUGGACCGACACGACGCUCUCUCUCUCUAACUGGAUGUGUGUGGAAGAUAUUUACGCCAACAUCUUUAUCAUAAAGUGCAGUCGCGAGACUGAGAAGAGAUAUCCUCAACCAAAAGGGCAGAAAAAGAAGAAGAUAGUGAAAUAUGGAAUGGGCGGGCUCAUUAUCUUUUUCCUCAUCUGUAUCAUCUGGUUCCCCCUCCUCUUCAUCUCUCUGGUCAGAUCGGUUGUGGGUGUGGUCAACCACCCCGUGGAUGUAACUGUGACAGUCAAGUUGGGAGGAUACGAGCCCCUGUUUACCAUGAGUGUGCAGCAGCAGUCUAUACAGCCUUUCACUGAGAAGGAUUACGACCGCCUUACAAAGCAGUUUGAAAGCAAUGCAGUGGCCAUGCAGUUCAUAACGCUGUACAGCUACGAAGACAUUGUGACCGCUUACGUCGAUGGCAGUUCAGGCUCGGUGUGGAGAAUCAGCCCUCCCAGCAGACAGGAAGUGAUUAAGGAGCUGCUAAACAGCUCGGCAGACAUAACACUGCGGCUAGCAUGGAACUUUCAGAGGGACUUGGGGAAGGGUGGAACGGUGGAAAACACUUUCGAUAAGUACUCCAUCAAUCUGGAACCUGGAGACCAUGUGAGAACACAUCUAGCCUCACUGCUGCUGGGAAAUCGCACCGAACCAGUUCGAGUGCCUCACAUGUUCCCCAACUACAUUAGAGCCCCGAACGGAGCUGAGGCCAAACCUGUCAGCCAGCUGUAUAAAAGAGAUGAGGAGGACUAUCAGGACGUGACGCUCUCUCUAAAGAGGGACAGCUCAGUAAGCAGCAGCGGCACUCAGGAGUGGUGGGACAUCAGUGUUGCAGAUUGUGGCACGCCUGCGCGGCCCUGUGGGGUUCUACCCAUGGUCAUCUUUAAUGACAAAGUGAGCCCGCCCAGUCUGGGCUUCCUGGCUGGAUACGGGAUCAUGGGACUGUAUGUAUCUGUGGUGCUGGUAAUCGGUAAGUUCGUGCGUGGUUUCUUCAGCGAGAUCUCUCACUCCAUCAUGUUCGAGGAGCUGCCCUGUGUCGACCGCAUCCUCAAACUGUGCACGGACAUCUUCCUGGUGCGCGAGACGGGCGAACUGGAGUUGGAGGAAGAGCUCUAUUCUAAACUCAUCUUCCUCUACCGAUCACCAGAGACUAUGAUCAAAUGGACCAGGGAGAAGGACGACAACUAACCUGCACUGUUCUCGGACUUUAGCAGCGUCUGGCUUGGUGCAGGACCGUCCUACAAAAAGCACUUCCCUUUAGGCCUUUUAGGAUCCUGCAGGUCAAGCAGAGCUUCAGGGUGAAUUUAUAACGGCUGUAAGGAUGUUUCAUGAGCACAGAGUUCAUAGCAAUUUUAUUUCUAACGCUGCUGCACUGUGUUGAAAGUGUUUAUGAGAAAGACAAAGAGGAAGUUGGACUCGAAAAACCGACACUAGAUGGUGUUUGGAGAUUUCUGUGCGCGAGCUGUAUGUUGAAACAUUACAGUCGACAGUUUAGGCCUGAGCAGUCUUACUGAGUGAGUGAAUGUGACCUUAUACCCAGUCCUUCAGUGACAAACACUAUAGUCAUGUACUCCUGUUGUAAUAAAUUAACCUAAAACUGUUUACAUACGGAAUGUCUCACCUAGUAAGUUGAAAAUGGUUAUAUGGGGGGAAAAGGGAAAAGUCAAAAACUUGAAGUUGAUGCAAAAAAAACAAAAAGAAAUGGCUGUUACGUUUUAAGGACUGGAUGAAAAAAAAAAAAAAAAGGAAAACGUUUUGUGUCGGACUUUGCCUCUUUAGUUUUGCACUGGAGCUUAAACACACAUGUAACUAAAAUGUAGGAAGUUUUUCUUCCCACUUUUACUACACAAGUCAAAGUGGAACUCAUCCUCAUCUUUCUCCUCCUGAACCUACAUCACCGAGCAAGCUGUAUGCGAUUAGACACUCAGUAAAACGUUUUUCGGCGAAUAAUUACAUCUCCGCUGUCAUUACUUACUUGUUAACUCCUCUACUUAUCCUCACAGCUCCGGUGCGAAACUAAAAAAGGGAAAAGAUCCGACUCGGCUGACUGACUACCGGGGUUUUUUUUUUUUUUUUUUUUUUUCUUGUCAAACUGUUUCUUUGCAGGUGUCAUGUUAAGAAAUGAGACUUUAGAUGAAAAUAGCUGUCUGCUAAACUACCGUGUUUCAUUCCCACGAUGUUUUAUGGACGGUGUCUUUCACCUCAUUUCACUCGUCUUAACUGCCAUUUAGAUCCAGCUGUGCCAACUAACUAAUCAGUGACGGCUGGAGGUUUUACUAUACAGGUUAAAGUCUUUUAAAAGACCUUUCCUCUUUAUAUUUAUUCAUACUGUCAUAAUUUUCUACUUUCAUAAAUUUAUUAUUGAAUUAUUGAAAAUUCUUGGUGAUGGAUUUUUUUUUUAUAUUUUAUUUUUAAAUUUACCACAUCUAUAAUUAAAAUCAGUGAUGCGAAUCAUCAUGAUUCCUGCCUUCUCCCCUUUCAUAAAACAUUCAGUGCUAUAAAAUUGCUGGAAAUUU